AUGCCCGUCGUCCCUGUUCUUUGCUUCGUCUCUCUCUUCUCGUCUCUUCUCUCCUCUUCGUCCUCGUCUACUCCGUCUUCCAGGGGUCUAUCAAAAGGGCGCCACAGCCGGCGGUUAGUAAGAAAAAGAUGCACCAAACGCGCCAACAACAGCGGCCGGCGACUCGCCAACGACAUCCAGCGCCCUCCCCAGCGCAUCGUCAGGAACCGAGAGACACCGCCAGCAGAGCAAGGCCCGGAGACGCAGAAGAACCGGAGAGACCAUGAUGGCGAUGCCCUACGUCAGACGCAGGCCGGUCGUGCUGCUGCUCGCGCUGGCCGUCGCCUUCUUCCUGGUCAGAAACUUCCGCCAGCCAUCGAGCAGCGGCGGCGUCGCCAGCAGCGCUUCGUGGCCGCCGCCGCCAGGCACCACCACGCCGGCCGACGGGGCCUUCUCCUGGGCUCAUUCCGGUCCAUGAUCAAGAUGCCUCGUGGCGAUCCCAGCAGCAUUCCGCUGAUUCAGCACCGUUUCUCAGGCAAGGAGGACGAGGAUGCACGCCGUCUGCGGCUCAGCCGGCUCGAGGCUGUCAAGGGCAACUUCUCCCAUGCAUGGAACGGCUACAAGGCUCAUGCAUGGAUGGCAGAUGAGGUCGCGCCGUUGUCCGGCCUGGCAGUGAACCCCUUUGGCGGUUGGGCGGCCUCCAUGGUCGACGGGCUAGGUAAAUGGCCCCUCCCCCUUUUUUUUUUAUUAUUACUAUCAUACAUGUCCGACUUGAUAUCUAACUCGGGGAUAGAUACGCUAUGGAUCAUGGGCCUGUACGACGAGUUCGCGGAAGCAGUCAAGGCCAUUGACGACAUUGACUUCAACAACUGCACCGUGGAAGAAGUCAAUGUCUUCGAAACCACCAUCCGCUACCUGGGUGGCCUGCUGGGCGCCUACGACGUAAGCGGGCAAAAGUACCCUUCUCUGCUGCGCAAGGCAGUCGAGAUAGGCCAGAUGCUCUACGUGGCCUUCGACACGCCCAAUCGCAUGCCCAUUGCCCACUGGGACUUCAAGAAGGCUGCUGCCGGCGCCAGGCCCAAGGCCGCCGACCAGAUGAUCGUUGCCGAGAUUGGCUCUCUCACCAUGGAGUUUACUCGCCUUACCCAGCUUACUGGUGAUCCAAAGUACUUUGACGCGGUGCAGCGGAUCAUGAACGCCAUGGAAAAGCAGCAGAGCAAGACCAAGCUUCCCGGCAUGUGGCCGUUCAUGAUUGAUGCAGAGGCCAUGAAUUUCCGUUCCUCGAAUCGAUUCACCAUCGGCGGCAUGGCGGAUUCCCUGUACGAGUAUCUCCCAAAGCAAUAUAUCCUGCUUGGUGGGGCUUCACAACAAUAUAAGAAGCUCUACAAGGGUGCCUUUGCCGCCAUGGACCGAAACAUCUUCUUCCGCCCCAUGACAAAGCAUGGUGAAGACAUUCUCUUCCCCGGCGAUGUCACGGUCAGUCAAAGGGUACCGUUGUCCGAACUUCGCCCGGAGCCCACCGCUCAGCAUCUAAGUUGCUUUGCAGGCGGGAUGGUUGGCCUGGCAGCCAAGGCCUUCCAAAGCAACGAUGACAUGGACACGGCAAGGAAGCUGGUCGAAGGUUGUCUCUGGGCUUACGAAAAGAGCAGCAUGGGCAUCAUGCCUGAGAUCAUGGUCACAGUAAGAUGCCAGGACCGUAACGACUGUCCCUGGAACGAAGAAAUAUGGAAAAAGGCCGUUGAAGAUACGUUCUACACCGAAGGCACCGAUUUUUACGAGUAUGUUGCAGAGCAAGGAUUAAUGCCUGGGUUUGUCCGCAUUCCAGACAGGCGAUACAUUCUCAGGCCUGAGGCAAUUGAAUCCAUAUUCAUCCUCUAUCGCCUAACAGGAGACUCCUCCCUGCUCGACAGAGCAUGGAGGAUGUUCGACACCAUCAUCAAACACACAGUCACCGAUAUCGCCCACGCGGCGCUGGAUGACUGCACCAUCCCCAAACCAACCAAAGCAGACCGCAUGGAGUCCUUCUGGUUUGCUGAAACGCUCAAGUACUUCUACCUUAUCUUCUCUGAGCCAGACGUCGUCAGUCUCGACGAGUACGUGCUCAAUACAGAGGCCCAUCCAUUCCGAUACCGCUAA